AUGGCGCAAGGGCCAACGAUGACAAAGGGGUUUAAAUUGACACCCCUAAGGGAUUUAUUACUGUCCACCGUUAUAGCAGAAGGGAAUCUUGUUGCUCAGAAUCGAGUUUCUGAGUGGAAUGGGAAGAGGCAGAAUAAUCAAUGGACAAAAGGAUCAAUUACCCCACCAAACAAGAAGCAGAAUUCAGGGAACUCCAGCAUUACCACCCUUACCCACAACUCCACUCCGGUGUGCCCAGCUUGUGGAAGGCAACAUCGAGGGACUUGCCACUGGAAGACUGGAGCUUGUUUUAAAUGUGGCAAAACGGGUCAUCCGGUAAGGGAUUGCCCGCAAUGGACUCAACAAAAGGGCAAUAGGACUGCUACAAGUUCCGCGGGGUCUACGCCAACCCCCAACGCGAAGGCAGCUACUAAACCUACGAAUAAUAAAGAUACUGCAAGGCAAGGUAGGGUGUUCGCAUUGGUUCCAGGUGAUGUACAAAAUGCAGCGAUGGUGGUGUCAAGUACAUUUAUUGUUUAUGGUCAUUCUGCGUAUGUAUUGUUUGAUUCUGGCUCCACCUACUCUUUUGUGUCGAAACUAUUCGCCCCUAAGUUAGAUAAAACUAAAGAAAACUUGUCUUAUAUGUUAUGUGUGUCUUCCCCUUUGGGAGACUCUAUGAUCUAUGCUUCGGUAUAUGUAGCUUGUGAACUUCAACUUGGGGAUAUUCGGGUGUAUGCUAACUUGUUACCUCUCGAAAUGACCUCUUUUGAUGUUAUUCUGGGAAUGGAUUGGCUGAGUAAUUAUGGUGCAACUAUAAACUGCUUGACUAAGCAAAUUAAAUUCCAUCCUCCGGGGCAACCAAAAGCUAUUGUUCAGGGGUAG